ACACUUACACCGGUAACCUGCCUCACACGUCAUAGAAAAAACGCCGCCAAACUUGUUUGGAUUUUGAAAAUCUCUGAGACUCGACGACCUUGUCCGGUGUCUGUCUUGUUUCUUCCUUUCCAGUCGAUUAUUAACCAUUAUUAUUUAUUACUGUGGUUGUUAUAGCUACAAGAUAUAUUCCGAUUCCUCUCGAUCGCCCUCUAAUUAACUGUUGAUCACUAUAUAUAUAUAUAUAUAUAUACAUAUAUAUACACGGCCACCCGACCUGCGAUCGGUGCACCACCCGUCCCUUUUAUUCCAUUGCUUUGUACGAGAUCACACGUUUUAUUGAAAGAGAAUGGAGUCAUAUGAUGAAUUCGAUGAUGCUUCGACCCUGAAGAGGAAAUAUCGAAGUAUGAUGUCAGAAGAACAAUAUGAAAUGCAGGGUAGCUUGGAGACGCACAAAGCACUUGGGGACCUCAUGGAUUACAUCGAAAAACAUCCGGAGAAGUAUCAGUCCAUUCUUCAGAAUAAGCGUAAAGAGGAGUAUGAAAAUUCUUCAGGAUUCUCUUUUCUCAAGUCGAAGAUUCUCAGUGUGAUUGGUUUGGAGGAAAUGCUGCCUUGCCAUGUGUCCCAGCAAGAAUGUAACCGCCAAAUUAAAGGGCUGAAACUCAGUAUGUCUCGAGCCUUCAAUUAUGCCCAAGACGCAAAAGGGAGACGCUAUUCAAAGCGGCUGGCCUGCAAAGAUCUUUCUCCGAAGGGUAAAGAAUCCCCACAACAAUCACGGGCACCACCACCACCACCUCCUCCUCCUCCACCACCACCACCACCAGCACUGCCACCGUCACUGCAAUCACAGCUUCAGUCAGGUUCCAAAACUCCACAGAAGAGCAAAGAUACCAAAGAGUCGCCUGCUGACUCCAGUUGCGACGAGUCGGAUUUCUCAACACCUGUUUCAUCCCCACAAAAACGCUUUAAUGGAAUCAAGAAUUCUCAGGAGAAUGGACAAACAAGUGGCUGUAGACCAACGUCAAAAUCACAACUGGACAGUGUGAAAAAAAAAGGACCCAGCACUCCAUAUUCAAGCAUUGCAGACGAGAUUUUGGCAAGACGCUCUCUGAACAGACUCAGGUCUACUAAUUUGCCAAAAUCCCCUGGUGGAACCCCUGUCAAAUCUAGUUCAAAGUCAAAAACCCAAAGCAUUUCAAGUGAUCCAUUAAUGCAGGCCUUUAACGAAGCCUUUGAAAAGAAGUUCCGGCACAUUCGGAGUCAGAGCUUCUCGUCUCAGCCAGAAGAAAACUGGGAGGACCAGGACCCAUCUUCAGCUGACCCUGUUUUUUAAAACUUUUCCCCCAAACCUUCUCCUUUUUAAAACUUAAUUCCACCCACCCCCUCUUUCCAUACGACAGCCUUGUGUCUCAUAAACUCCUUCGUUUUCUCCUUUGUUGAAUGGUAUGAGCAUCUGUAAUUGUAAUGUUUUGGUUGUUGUCAUUUGCCCCACAUCAGACAUGGUCGAGAGGAUUGUGAAAAGACCAGGCUGUGUGGCAUGGUUCUGGGUUCAGUCCCACCGCAUGGCACCCUGGGCAAGCGUCUUCUACAGUAGCCUCGAGCUGACCAAAGCCUUGUGAGUGGAUUUGGUAGAUGGAAAUGCAAUGAAGCCCAUUGUACAU